CCUUCGCCCUUUGACCCCUGCGAUGGCCCGCCAAGAUGGCGCUGUCCCGGGCGGGCUGUUGCUGGGCGCUUUGGCGCCGCGGCCCUGGGCCGGGCCCCGCCGCCGCCCUGCGCCGCGCCCGGGGGCCGCUGGAGCCGCGCUCCGCCCGGGGGGCGCCGAGGCACCUGGUGUGCUGCCUCUCCACCAAAGCGAGCUCCCGGGCCCUUCUCACCGCCCUCGCGUCAAAAGUUAAGCACAUCAACGGGAGAUACGAGAGGUUUCUGGAAAGGACAUUCCCCCGCUUCUACGUGUUGUACGCGACUUUCAUGAAAGGAAUUCAAGCGUUGUUUCUGGAAGUAAAAGAAGUAAGGAAGAUCAAGCUAAAAAUGUCCCGUCAGAGACUGAAUUUUCAUCAGCUUCCCUACAGGGAGAUGGAGAGGCUGAGGCAGUUUCGCAGGGACCUGAUCAAGGCCAUUCCUAUCGGGAUUAUUGCCAUUCCGCCUUUUGCCAACUUCUUGGUCAUAGUCCUGAUGUAUUUCUUCCCAAGACAAUUCCUGAUCCGCUACUUUUGGACCCCACGGCAGCAGGUUGAGUUCCUGGACGCCUACCACGCUAUCCGGAGAGAAGUGUAUCCGGACGUGGUCGAGAGCUUAGCACUGGCCGCGCGGUCCCUGCCCGAGCCGCAGCUGCGGGAGCUCUGCACCAAGGUGCAGCGAGGUUCCCAACCGCGCGUGGCUGAACUCUAUGCCGUGAGAGGCCUGUUUUCGGCGUCUCCCUUGGGCCUGAACAAGCUCCGGGUGUCUCACGUGAAAGCCCUGAGCCACGUCCUGUUCCUCACCCCUCAUUUGCCGGCCUUGUUCCUGAGGUAUCGCCUGCGGAGCCACGUCCUGGAGAUCCGGCACCUGGACCGUGCCAUGCUGCGCCUGGGGCUGAGCGAGCUGUCCGAGGAGGAGCUGAAAGCGGCUUGUUACCUCCGUGGCCUGAACUCCACUCGCCUCAGCGCGUCCGAGUGCCGAGCGUGGCUGGAGCAGUGGCUGGGGCUCUCCUGCAAGCUGCAAGCUUCCGAGGCCUCUCUCUUGGCGAACAGCAUGGUCUUGCUGUCCCUCAACUACGCCAGGGCCAAGGAAUGAGAGCGGAGUCCCCGGCUGCGAACCUCACCUGCGGCGUUGCGCGCGGCCUCCCGAUCCCAGCCCGUCUCUGGCGCUCGUUGGCUUUGACGGAGCAGGGAUCCUUUUUGCAGCGUGGAGCGACAGCCCGGGCUCGGCGAGAAGGGCCCUGCGCUCCUUCGCUGCCGCAGGGACGAACGCGGGACUCGCUCCCUUUUCCGCCGGAGGUGAGCCCACCUCGCAGCUUCCCGCUGCCCUGCACAACCCCUCGGACCGCAGGAACGUGCUCUGGGGACAGGAGCAGGCUGGCGACGCUGCGGGGCCGAGCACGGUCUCUGCCUCCCCUCCGUCACAGACAGCUCGUUCGGUGUCGGUGGGGGGAGGUGGCUUUGCUGUUACAACUCUUAAGCUGUGUCACUUUAGGUACAACCCUUUGCAGGGGGCAAGAGGCAGCUCCUCUGCCUUUCAGAGCUCCCCCUUAGUAACUCGUAAUAGCGGGCUCCGCUCAGCUUGGGUUUUGCUGCACUAGCCCACGGCAGGGCUCUCACAGGAAUUACUUGGUUUGUUUACUCCACUGCACAGUCUUACGUAGAGGAAUCUCCCUAAGGGCUUAGGCCCAGGCUCCAAACCCCGGGCUGCCCCGCAGCGACCUUACCUGGUGCCGGCGGCGGGAGUUUCCGUGCUUUUGUUCGGGUCCGGCUGCCUCCUGGGAGCCCCUUUGCCGGCGUCGCCGCCUCUCGCCCGGGCCGGCCUCGCUGCUGGACGGAGGCGCAGGCCGGAGGAAACCCGUGCCAGAAACGCUGCCGCAGACACAAAUUGCGCUGGAGAGGAAAUGCUGAACUGGUGUCUUCAUUUAGGGACGUGGUCUUUGUUAGUCUCUGAGGCGAUUUAAGUUCGGCCUAAUUAGAGUCCAGCGCUGCACUUUCUGCCCAGCGUGGAAGGCUUUGAGGGCACGAGGCCAGCUGGCAGCGGCUCCCUGCGCACUCCCCGUGUGUGUCCAAGGCUGCAAGUUGUAUUAAAGGAUUAAAAACUCACCUUUUUCCAACUAGUCUUAGCACAGGCAAUGCAUGAGAACUGUCUGUUGAGUGAAUUUGAACCUGCUUAAAGUGUUGUUAAGUGUUUUAUUAAAGACAAAAGGAAGUGGA